UCUUCUUUAGUAAGGAUUUACCGUAGCUUCUAUUGCUACGAAAGGAACUGAUACUCUUCAUGAAGAAGAAAAAAAUGAACUUUGUAAAACUCCAGUCCCCUAGAGAUAUCAGUAUCUAAAACUACAACUUACUCUUGCUUUCUCUGACUCUGGGGUGUUGUUAUUUUCAAAUCUUCCAGGGAGUUAAUAAACUCUAGCUUCCAAGCAUUCACACCCUGUCUGAAUUCUCCGUCAUGCUAUUUGGUCCAUGUAGAGCCCUAGUGGACUUCUAGAAAUAAUAAAUUUCAUUGUAAAAAUUCUUCUGGACAGAAGGGCCUGGCUUUGUCUAAAUUACGUUGGAGAGUGUCUGCACAGACAAUAUUUGGAUUUCUGCUAGCCUGUUCUGCUAGCAAGUUCUUCAACAAACAGCGUCACCUCUAUAGAACUCUGAAAGUAUCUAGUUACUACCUUGGACAGGACAUUAUUAGGGAAAGCCCCACCCAACAAAGACAUAUCAUGCUGUUCAAGGUAACUACAGUAAUUAUUUAAACUUCUACUACCACUACUGCCAUAGCAAUGAUGAUGACCAUGACUGUGACUACUUCUACUGCCAUUUAUGCAGCAAUUACUAUAAUAAGUAAUUCACAUAUAUUAUGACAUUUAAUUGUCUCAUAGUGACUUUGGAACCCCAAGCUCAAAAGAUGAUAUCUAGGGAUCUUGGAAGUUAAUCUGCUUCAUUUUUUAUUUUUCCAUGCUAACUGUCCUAGUAAUCAACUUCAUCAUGUAGGAGGUGUGAUUUGUUUUAUUCUGACAUGUUUCAUGAAGACUCUAUUUGUCUCUGUCUCAGUCUGGCAUGCCCUAACUUGGCACCGUACUUUAUGUUCCAUGCAAGACAUUGAACACGGUUCACAGAGAUGACUGUUGCUUUGCAUAUGGCAGAAUAGGCUUCAGUAUGUUAGCACCUGUGAAAUCUCCAUGUUAAGGGUUCACCUGGUUGAUCUAAGAGGCGUUUAUACCUAUGUCCAAUGCUGCUUCUUUCUGAUACCUGUGACUCCAUCCUGUUGGUGGCAAAAUAUCCUUGCACAAAGAGUGUUGUUUUCUCUCACUUUGAUCAAACCUACAAACACACAAUUUUAUUCCUGCCACUAUUACCUUAAUUUUUAAGUUGCUUCCUACCCCGCGCCAAAUAUCUGCUAAUCCUCUUAAUCUCUGGCCAUGGUCCCUGACGUGCAUUCAAGCUUAGGUAGGCUUCCAGGAUAUGCCUAUUCACAGGUAAAUUACUGCUGCCUGUCAGGUACAGAGUAGCACCCACAUGGAACGUGUUAAUCCUCUUAGAGGAUUUAUUGCCACCUCUGUGACCCACCCGCCUCAUUUCCGCUGCUUUCCAGCUGUACGUUUUAUACCAACUGUGAAUUUUACCUCAUACCAUUUGCUAAGACCUUAAGAAAUAUUGAUUUUUUUUUAACUGAAGAGGCCACAUUUCCAUAGAGGGUAUAUAGAAAUCAGUGAAGGGAUACAGAUAUUUUGAAAAAUCUCCUUGAUGUCUAUGAAAAAAACCUGUACCCACCACCCAUCCUCCACCAACUUUUUCAUGAUCCUUUCUUUACUCCUUUCCUUAAUUCCCUCCCACCCACAAAAUUUCUAUACCUUCCAGGUUGGUCAGAACGGGGAGGAAUUACAGGCCACCUAGAAACCCAUCCGGUAGGCAAGACUUUAUGAUAAGAGCAGUGACUAGCUUUGGUCCUGGGAGAGAACAACUUUCUCUUUCAGACACAUACAGACCAUUUGCCUAUGCAGGAAGUUAAAGAAGUAUUGUUUUCAACACUUGAAAAUGAGAGAGGCCAUAAAACCUAGGUUUUGUUUUAUGUGAGUCUUUAAAAAGUACAUAAAUAGCAUAUGUUUAUUGUAAGAAUAGUAGAAAACACAGAUAAGCAAAAUGAGGAAAAUAAAACUCGGCUUUAAUUAGAUUUUUCGGAUGUAAUUACACUAACUCUGUGGUGCUGAUUAUCUCAGACACUUUUUAACUGGUGAGCCGGGGGGUGAUGUGCAGCAGAUAAAAUGCACUCUGAAGCCACUUUUUUCUUAACCGUAUAUCCUAGACAUCUUAUCUUGCUAUUAAAUAUUCUUCUACAGAAUUAUUUUAAUGGCUGUUUGGUUUUCCAUAUCAUUUUGACACAUAACUUAUUUUUAACACUCAUCUCUCCUUGUGAGAUAUUUUGUAUUUUCUUUUUAUAUUCUUAUAAGCAAGGCUUUAAUGACCAUCCCAUAUAAAUAUAAGCAUUUCUCAAACUAAAACUAUGAUAAUAGUGAGAAUAAAAUGUUAAGUAUUCAGUUGUUAAAAAUUCAAUGUUAAGUAUUCAGGUAAAUGUAAGUACCUGAACAGGUUACACAGAGUCUAUGAAUACUUUAUUUUCAGAUAGUGCCCAGUUUAAAAGGACCUAUGAUUUUGUGGUUUAGAGUUUCAUCCUGCAUAAAGUUCAUUUAUGAGACAACAUCCACCGGGACUAUAUCUGAUCAAAGUGAGCGUGAUAAAAGGUGUUCACAUGAUGCAUGCUUUGAUUUGUGUGGGUUAACUAUAUUAGGAUCAGUCUGGGGUACAAAAGGAAAAAUGGCAAUGUUUUCAGUAAUAUGCAGCAAGUGUUUUAAGGUUUAGUAAAAUAUCACUCUAGAAAGCGACUGACUAAAGAAAAUUUUACUUAAGAAAUAGGAGCUAUUGAAACAACGGCCUUAUUAUUUUAAGGACAUUCAGAAACAAUGUAUCAAGAUAAUACGGCACAAUGUUUAAGAGCCAGACUCUGGAACUGGGCUCCCUGGGUUUGAAUCUCAGCUCUUUUACUACUGGAAAUUGACUAUGCUGAUCUUGAUCAUUUUACUUGCUGCUAUGGUCUGAAUGUUUGUGUCCUGGAAAAAUCCUUAUCUUGAUACUUAAUACAAUAAGAAUAAAAGGUGGAUACCUUUUAUUUAUUUUAUCUCUCAUUACUAACAAUUUAGUCUCCCUCGAGCUGUCAUUCAUUGUAUAGUCACAAGGCAAGUUGCAAACCCAACACUUGACUAAAGGGAUUGUCAAGAAUACCCAUGUUGGAUAUUUAGUGACUCUCCUUGAUUUCAUUAAUCAGUAGUGAAUUUCAUUAACCCAUUAACAAAAGGUGGAUCCCUUUGGGGUCAUGAGGGUGGAAUUCUUAUGAAAGGGAUUAGUCUCCUUGUAAAAGAAUCUUGAGGGAGUUUGUUUGCCUCUUCCAUCAUGUCAAGACACAUAGAAGACACCGUCUAUGAGAAACAAGGCCCUCAUCAGACACGAAAUCUACUGGUGCCUUGAUCUUAAACUUCCCAGCCUCUUGAACUACAACUGAUAAAUUUGUGUUUUUUAUAAAUUACUCAGUCUAAGGUAUUCUUUAUAGCAGCCCUAAUAGGUUAAGACAGUUUUCUUUACUAGUGCCUCAAUUUCCUCAAUCACAUGAAAGGAGAUAGUGCCAACUUCAGAAACUCGCUGAAGGUAAUAACUUUGCAAGCACGAGGCACUUAGAAUUCUGUCUGACUCAUUACAACCCAUAUGUAAAUGUUUGCUCUCAUCAUGAGUGUCAGGGUAUGGAAUUUCUCUGGCACUGAAAAAAUCAGCUAUAAUUGUUUUAGCCUUUACAGGACAAAGGAUAAUGGUCAAACAUUGUGGCACUCUUCUACUUCCUUUUUUGCUAAUUAUACAAAACCUAUUCUGAAAGCCACAUUUCAUCCCCCGCUCAGAGGCUCCAGUUGGUGGCCAAGAGUACAUCUCUUUUCAAAUAGCUGGAUCAGGUCCUCAUGCUGCUGUGGUCAUUGCUGGUCAUCUUUGGUGUAUCAGUUACCCAGCUACCCCAGGGUUCUGUAAAGGUGGCUCUGGAAAGCCUGUGAAGACGUCCUAACAUUACUGCCCUCCAGGCCGACAUGUUCUGAGGUCACGCAACCUGUUUCUGCCACCGUUUGCAUGUCUGGACGACCAGGUCCCACCCAGCCUUCUCAAGGUCCCAGAUGCUUGCCUCUGCUUUAAAAGCCUGGCUGUAUUGAAGGUCAGUAAUGUCUCAAAGAAGGCGUGCAGAUUGGAGAGAACAAUUUGGAGAGAAUUAUUUUCCUGCCCAUAGGACUGUAAUGCCUCAAUACUGCCUGGUUGAACACUGAAUGUUUUCACAGCUCUGAAAACAGUUAUUUAUAGAGGAAAGUGUCAGAGCUACAAAAUUCUGCAGGGUCAGAAUAAACGUGUCCUCAUUGCUUCUCUAGCUCUAGCUCAGGAGUCAGCAAGCUAUUCUUGUAAAAGGCAAGAGAGUCAAGAGGCUAAGCUUUUCAGGUGUGUGCUGUUAACUGCGGUAGCAGGAAAGACCAUACGUAAAUGAAUGAGGAUGGCUACAUUCCGAUACAUUUUGUUUAACAAAACAAUGUUGGCCAGCUCCCAGGCCGUAAUUUGCCAACCCCUGCUCUAGAUUUAGUAUUUAGAGUUUUUAAAAAUACAUGUAUUACUGUUCUAAUCAUAAAGACAGGAAUAAAGCUAAUUUUAUUUUACUCUGAGUUAAAUCUGUGCUUAGUGAAGAAAGUCAAUGGGAAAAAAUAUUUUAUUCUGUAAACAGAAUCUUCACAUGAGCCAAGACAAAAUCUAAAGUAAGGGAGAAUUGUUUCCUUGUCUAUUGAAUGUUGGCUACCAAGUGGAAGGGGCUCUUUGAGCUCUAAGGAACAGUGUGGGGAUAAGCAGAUCCCAGCCUCACCUUGAAUAGAACAAGAGCAGCCAGGGAGAACUUCAGGGGUCCUAUGUGGAGCUUGCUGAGGAACAAGUCUGGUCUCUUGCAUUCAUUCUGCCCACAUAAGUUCCCAGAGCUCCACCCUGUGAUACCCAUCCCCCCACUGUCUGUCUGGAUAGAAAUGAGAGGAGACCUCAAUCAAUACUCAGGAGGUUUCUGACCAUUAGUGGAAUCAUGCCCGGGUGGCGGGCUCCCUGAAGUGAAUCACCUACAACCAUUCGGAGAACAGGACAACAGCCACUUCAUUCUCUUACCUUUCCUUUCCUUGCACAAGAGCUUCUCAGAAAGUUGAGAUGGUCUUCUCAAGUUUGAGAUCUUUUCUUUUUAAAAAGAGUGAGAGGAUAUUUAGUCCAGCAUGAGGUAUUGGAAAGAGCAGGACUUAUAUAGCCAGAAAGACCAAACUGAAAUCAUGGCUUAUAUACCUGCCCUGUAGGCUGGGCAUCACUUGGCCUCUGAACCCCAGUCUUCAGGGAAAAGCUUCUGGUCCGUUGAGAAUUACACUCCCCUGCAAGGCUUGAAAAUGCUAAUCAGCAUAGCAACUGAAAAGGUCUUUCUGUCCCCAUCCAUUGCCUCAACGUGGUCUUCUACCCCAUUUCCUCUUUUCAGCCCCACCCAUACGCUGCACUCACCACCUGGGACCUUGUCCUUUCAUGUAAGGUUCUGAAAAAUACCAUUUGCUUUUGUUUUUUGCUGAGAAAUACCAUUUCCUUUUGGUUUUUGCUGUAAUGAUAUUUUCAGUGAAAUUCUUGUGAAAAAACAUGAUUCAGUCCUGUACAUCUUGCCCCGAGUUAAAUCUUUGUGCUUCUACUUAUUUGCUUUUCCCAAGAACUUCUGUUCACAACCUACCCUUCUCCCUGCCCCCUACCAUUGUCCCUCCAAUGCAGUUCUCCUCUGUGCUCUCUGGGGUCAGGAAGAUUCUACUGGGCACUUCUGUAGGGAGAGCCACUCUCAGCCAGUUGCUGGAGGAUUUGGAACUCCCUGAGGAUGAACAAGUCAGCAUUAGGGCUUAUUGCCCUUCCCUUCUAGGGCCUCUGACUCCUUGCUCUCCACUAAUGGUGCAUGCAAAUUAGAGCUCUUGAGGUUGCACCCCAAUGAGAGUCAGUGUGGACCCAGCACACUUCUGCUGAGGCCUCCAAACUGCCAGGUAGUUGGCAUCGGAGCAGUCACUGCCAUGCUGGAAGCAAGUGGAUACAAGCUCACACAAACCCUAUUCUGACUCUUUGGGUUCCCUCAUAUGAAACUGUGGACCAACUUGUCUACCUCAUAGGUAGGACAUCACUCUCAGGGGUUUUGACUUCAAAUCACCUUCAUUUAUUCAGUAUCCCUGAAUCCACCCCAUCUCACAGACCUGAAACCCAUUAUUUUGGUUGCUCUUGAAGUGCAGUUAUGAUGUCCUCUUAGUCCUCCUCAGCCAUCAUUAGCCUCUGCCACAAAGACAUCCCCCAUUGAGGCUGCGAAGAUUUGUGGCCAAGUGGUCCGUAAAUGCCAGCACCAUUGUGUGCUUCUCACAGAAUCCUUAAGGCAGCCUGAUGAGAGGCAAAUGCUCUUUGUUGUUCCGUUUCUCAGAUGAGAAACUGUAACCGAACACAGGUCUAGCUGCCCACUGUUUGCAAAGACCAAUUAACAAGGAAGACAUCUGUAAGAAAGACAAUGACUUUUUAAUUCAAAAACUUAGCUGAGGGGAAGCAGUACAGGCUCCUGCCUUGAAAGUACCACUUCAGCUUCUGAGGCAGAAGGCAAGGGCUUUCAAAGGGGCAUUUGGUGUGAACAGCAUGCAGGGGAGGGAGCAAAGUGGUGCAAGUCUCCAUGACUUUCUUUGGAUGGCAUCUGUCUGGCUGGCAUCAAUGUGGGCAGAGCUAGGUUGUAAACUGGGGCAAUCUUCUGGUGGGAGAGAGUUCUGGAGGCACCUGGUUUGCUUCGAAUUUCUGUCUCUGGAUCCUUUAAGUAAACACAUAGAUAAGCUUUCAGUGCAAGGAGUGGCUUGUGGAGAGGAGGUAAAGAUUCUAAUUGCAUUCCUAAAGAGCUAAGUAGGAGGUGGGGGAAGGAAAAAGGUAAAAAUACUUCUUUUUUUUCCCUUAGAAAAAUAGGAUAGUUUAUUACAAAACCAAGGUUCAAAGAGUAAAGUGCUUUGUCUGGUAUCACACAAGUAACAACAGUAGACUCAGAUUCAAAGCAGUGUGAUGUGGCUUUUCACCACUAGGUUCAAUGUUCUGAGCACUGAAAUCAAUCAGUAUCCCCUGGUGAGACUCUGGCUGCAUCUUUACUUUCCGGCCUCUGAGCUUUAGUCUCUCUCCGCAGCAAUUCCUCUCGGAGCUGCAAGUCACCUCACCCCGCUGCUCCCACUUGCUGGUCUGCUAUUAGGGACUCAGGAUCAUCCACUCCUCACUGCUUUCCAUCCUCCGGCUUGCUCUUGGGGCAGUCUGCCUCUUACCAAGCAGUUUGAGGACACGAAUCAUCCUUAACGACCAGCUCAAAGUCUCACGUUGUCAGCGGUAGCUGGAGCCAGUGAGACUGCCUGUCUUGCCGUUUUCAACAGCGUCUCUAAUCACGACUCCUCUUCCUAUCAGCAGGGGCGUUCUCUACAGGAAUCUCUUCUGUUUGUGGGGGAAGACUCUACCAGUGUACAGCCUUCCAAGUCCCACAGUGGAGUUUCCAUGAGAUCUAGUAUCCAUUUGCAAAGGAGGGCACAAGUCUUGAAUGAAGUUAGUUGUUUCUCCAACACACCUUUUCUGCCCUUCUAAAUUCAUUUUAAAAAUUAGAUUGUUCCCCAAUGUCCAACAGGUAAUUCUAGUUCUGUUGGAACAGCCAGUAGCAAACCAUACAUUUUUCCAAAAACGAUACUUCCAAACUCCACGAAUCUCCUGUGACUUUUUGGCUCUAGCUCUGCAGUAGCAUUUUAUGAGUCAUCACAUCUCUUAUUUUAUUGACUUCUACUUCCUUCUACACAUCUGACAGUCAUGACACAAUUGAAUAGCGAUAAGAAGAUUUUUAUUUGAGAUAUAACUUAAUUCCUUAUUUUGUGGUCAGAAUCCUCUACUAUAAUUCUAAAAUAUCAUGAAGAUGUCACAAACACAAAACAUAGUCUGGUACCAUAAAUAAAUGAAGCGACGGGGUCAAAAUAAGGAAAGCAGCCUCUGGGGAGGACAUUUGUCUUUGGCAAUAGCUUUUUUCUUUAUAUGAUCAGUCUCUAGGGACUGAGUCUUGGAUUAAAAAUAAUCUCUACUUCAUUGAAUAGAUGAGAAAAAAUGUUUUCUGUAAGCAUUCAAGUAGAGAAUUCAAGUAGAGAAUCAAAGAUGCUGGAUCUUAUUCCAGUAACUGGCUUAUUUCCAAUAAUCCAGGACACUUGAUGGUUUUAUCCGAUGAGGCAAGAAGAAGGGAUGAGACCUGAAUUUAUAACACAGUGUAGAGCUCUGAGGGCUGGAUGAAGGCAUGAGGGUGAGAAAAUAAAGCGCCCGCUGAGGACAAUGGUUUCCCUGUGUGGUGUCACUGACGGAGAAAGCUGAAGAUGUUUAUCAGAACACUCCUUCAUGAACAUUAAAAAAUCAAGAUGACUUUGACACCCCUGCAAUAGACUGAAUGUUUGUAUCUCCCUCAAAUUCAUAUGUUGAAACUCUAAUCCAGAUGUGACGGUAUUUGUAGGGGGGGCCUUUGGGAGGUAAUAAGAUCAUGAGGAUGGAACCACCAUGAAUAGGACUAAUGCCUUUAUAAGAGUCCAGAGAGCUAGCUGGUUCUUUUUCUACCAUGUGAGGGUAGAGCGAAAAGUUGGCAGUCUGCAGCCUGGAAGAUGGCCCUCACCCCAACCCGACAAUGCUGGCACCCUGACCUCAGACUUUCAACCUCCAGAACUGUGAGAAAUAAAUCUCUGUUAUUAAUAAGCCACUCAGUUUAUGGCAUUUUGUUUUAGCAGCACGAGCUAUAAUAUCCCCUGAAGAAACAUGGGAUGCAACUCUCAGUAAUUAAGGCAUGGGUUGGAACCUCUACGUUGUCUAAAAAAGUAGAGGCUAUGCCUGGGACCACCUCACUGCCAACGAAGCCUAUCUGGGUUCUCUGCAGAAAUGGCUAAUCCAGUCUCCCUCCUUCCCUUGCAGGCAAGCUGACCCUUUUGGCGCCCUCUUCCGUCUUUGAAGGAGACAGCAUAGUUCUGACAUGCCAGGUAGAAUGGAAGUGGAACGUCCAGACGAUGGCUUACUACAAGGAUGACAGAGAGUUAUCUGUUUUCAAAGAAGUCUCAAGUUUCCAUAUCCAAAGUGCAGUUUUAAGUGACAGUGGUAACUAUUUCUGCAGGACCAAAGGAAAGUUGUUCCCGGGUAAAAGUUCAAACAUAGUAAAGAUCAGAGUCCAAGAGCUGUUUCAACAUCCUGUGCUGACAGCCAGUGACUUCCAGCCCAUCGAAGGGGGUCCAGUGAGCCUGACAUGUGAGACCCGGCUUUCUCCACAGAGGCUGUAUGUUCAGCUCCGGUUCUGCUUCUUCAGAGAAAACCAGGUCCUGGGGUCAGGCUGGAGCAGCUCCCCGGAGCUCCAGAUUCCUGCCAUGUGGAGUGACGACACAGGGUCUUACUGGUGCAAGGCAGAAACGGUGACUCCCAGGGUCAGAAAACAGAGCCUCCAAUCCCAGAUUCAUGUGCGGAGAAUUCCCAUCUCUAAUGUGAGCUUGGAGACCCGGGUCCCUGGGGGACAGGUGACUGAAGGACAGAGACUGAUCCUGCUCUGCUCAGUGGCUGGGGGUACAGGAAAUGUGACAUUCUCCUGGUACAGAGAGGCCACAGGUACCAUUCUGGGAAAGAAAACCCAGCAUUCCCUGUCAGCAGAGCUGGAGAUCCUGGCUGUGAAGGAGAGUGAUGCCGGCAAGUAUUACUGUCAAGCUGACAACGGCCAUGAGCCUAUCCAGAGCAAGGUGGUGAAUAUACCUGUGAGAAUUCCAGUGUCUUGCCCAGUCCUCACCCUCAGGGCUCCCAGGCCCCAGGCUGUGGUGGGGGAUCUGCUGACGCUUCACUGUGAGGCCCAGAGAGGCUCUUCCCCGAUCCUGUACUGGUUUUAUCAUGAGAAUGUCACCCUGGGGAACAGCUCAGCCCCCUCUGGAGGAGGAGCCUCCUUCAACAUUUCUCUGACUGCAGAACAUUCUGGAAACUACUCCUGUGAGGCUGACAAUGGCCUGGGGUCCCAGCGCAGUGAGGCGGUGCCAAUCUCCAUCUCAGGACCUCAUGGCUAUAGAAGAGACCUCAUGACAGCCAGAGUUCUUGGGGGCCUGUUUGGUGUCCUUGGUUUCACUGCUGCUGCUUUGCUGUUGUAUUGCCUGUUCCACAAGACGUCAGGAGAAAGUUAUGCAACUAGUGAACCCAGAGGUGCUUCCAGGACAAAUCCUCAAGUGUCCACCUAUUCCAGUCCAAUCCCAGACAUGGAGGAGCUGCAGCCAGUGUAUGCCAAUGUGGGCUCUGUAGAUAUGGAUGUGGUUUAUUCUCAGGUCAGGAGCAUCCAGCAGUCAGAAGACUCAGCAAACACCAUCAGGACAUUUCUGGAGAACAAGGACUCCCAAGUCAUCUACUCUUCUGUGAAGAAGUAAUAACACUUGGAGGAACCAGAGGGGAGGAUCAACAACAAGAAUGGGGCAUUAUUAAGACUUGCCGUAAAACCUUAUGAAAAUGCUCAGGGCUUAUCACCUGCCACAGCCAGAAUGUGCUUCGGGAGCCAUCUCUUGUCAUCAUUUUUGUUCUGAUCAUUUUCCUUCUCCAAUAUCUUCUUUUACUUAUUAAUAGUCAUUGAACUGCUACUACAUCCAGACACUGUGCAAAUAAAUUAUUUCUGCUACCUUUUCUUAAGCAAUCUGUAUGUAAAGAGUUGAGGAAAGAAUGAAUAAGAGAUACAAGGUCUCACCUUCACCUACUAUGAGGUGACGAGAACAGGACUCGUGGUGUAUUAACUUCUUUAUGUGCUGCUGAAUGCAGUUUGCUAGUAUUUUGUUGAGAAUUUUUGCAUGUAUGUUCAUCAGGAAUGUUGGCUUGUAAUUUUCUUUUUCCAUUGUGUCUCUACCAGAUAUUUUUAUCAGGCUGUUGCUGGCUCCAUAGAAUGAGUUAGGAAGGAGACCUUCCUCCUUGAUUUUUUGGCACUAUUUCUGUAGGAUUGGUACCAGUUAUUCUUUGUACAUCUGGUAGAAUUCAGCUGUGAAUUCAUCUGGUGUAGGGCUUUUUCGUUGGUUGGUAAGCUUUUUAUUACUAAUUCAACUUGAGAGCUUGAUAUUGUUCUAUGCAGGGUUUCUGUCUCUUCCUGGUUCAAUCUUGGGAGAUUGUGUGUUUCCAGGAAUUUAUCCAUUUCCUCCAGAUUUUCUUCUUUAUGUGCAUAGAUUUGAGUGUAAACAUAACUUAUAUUUACUGGGAAACAAAAUCUUUAUGACUUGCUUUAUUGCAAUAUUUGCUUUAUUUUGGUUACCUUGAACUGAACCUGCAAUAUCACCAAGGUAUGCCUAUAGUUGCAAAAAUGUGCUUUUUGACACAGUAAAUAUGCAUAUUUGCAAUAAACUAUUGUAUUACUUUUGUAAGUAUAUAGAAUGAAAUAUAAACACUCUAUGGAUUU